AUGGAAAACGAAAAUAUCACGGACAGUAUUAGUGAAGACUGUCUUGAACUGAAACGUGCUUAUGAUAAAUGUUUUAACAAGUGGUUUCCUGAAGAAUUCCUCCGUGGCUCCAAGAAAGAUUCCUGUGCUCCGAUUUUCAAAGAAUAUCAGGCGUGUGUGAAGAAAGCUGCAAAGGCAAUUGAUUUAGAUCUAGGCGAAUUGGAAGAAGAUGUGCUUGGUACUAAUAAAGAAAAGAAAACAUCAAAUGAGGACUUGAAAGGAAAGGAAAAGUCAUGAUGAGCACCUUCAAUAUAACAAUAAGUUUAUUCUUGGAAGAGCAGUUCAAGACUGGAGAAAUGUGAUUGGUAGUGAUGUAAUUUGGAGUGAGUUAUCAAUGUUAUUUCUGAUGGAAAGGAAACACUGAUGAGGUAGCAUUGCUGCAGAUGCUGAAUAUUCUUCAAGAAGUUAUUUUAUUGAUCUCUCAAAUGUUCCAUAACUUCACAUUUUCAAUAUAUAUUACAGACACAGAUUAACAAGUAUGAAUUAACUAUGUUUUGUGAAUGUUCAUGGUAUGCAAUUUAUACUAAAAUUUUUGUCACUGUUGUGAGAAAUGCCAACAUUAUAUUUGUUACCUUGUGAUUACAUUCACAGAUUUAAACCAAUUGAAAAUCAAGCCUAAUGCCUAUGAUGCCAUUGUAAUAAACACAGAUUAAGGUAGGUCCCAUUCCACAAAGAGAUCAUUUCUCUUCUGAAUUCAUUCCCAAGUCCCUCUAUUUCUCUCAGGGUAAUUUUCUUCAUAUUCAAAUUCCAUACUCAUAAAGGAGUCAAUCAGGUGAAAGGAAGGUGCUAGAAACAUGCAUCAUGGGGUCAAUCAGGUAAAAGGAAGGUGCUUGAAACAUACAUCAUGGGGUCAAUCAGGUGAAAAGAAGAUGCUGGAAACAUACAUUAUAGGGUUGGGCAGAUGAAUGGAUGGCACAUUACCCCUGUGUCAUUUGAUUACCAUUUCAUUUGAACAUGCAACAUUCUUCAGGUAUGUUUACAAAGUGAUCACAUAUCCUUGUUUUAUAUAUCAAUGAUAGAACAGAUGUUGUGGUUAGUGAUAGAGAUAUCUAACUUGUUUCAGUUAUUUUAGAAAUUUUAGUUGAAGUUUCCCCUCUAUGAUGCUGAAUUAAUAUAGUAAUGAUAUGAAUAGGAUUUUUAUGACUUUCUACUUGUUGUUUAGUUUUAAGUAUUCAGUCUGAUUGAAAAAAAAACGACAAUUUUUAUACAUACAAAAUGUAUAUGCAACAGAUGAUGGGAAACAACUCCUCGUUAGUCUCUACAGAGUAUGUAUCUGUGAUAAAAGUAUACUCCUGUAUUUAUACUUCCUGCAUGGAAAUGUGUUUGGGCAUAGCUGAAUACCUCUACAACCAGUAACAGGUGUCAAAUGAUUCCAAAGGAGAUGUAAUUAUGAAAACUGACUAGUUUAUCUGAAAAUAAUUCAGAAUUACCUCCCCUUUGAAUAACAAUGGGGACAGGUACUUACAUAUAUGAUGAAUGUGAGACUUGGAAUGAAUGUAGCUUUAUCACAUUGAUAAAUGGAAGGUUUGGCUGUAGUUUGUAUGACAUCAUAUUUUAUGUAGUGGUUCAGUAAAGUAGGAACAAAGUUGUACAAAUGUUUUUAUCAUGUUACAAUUUCUCCCUGGAAAUAAGAGAAAAGGUAAUAUUUAUUGUGAGAUUGUUAUGAUAUGUAUAUUGAUUUCAGUUGAUAUAAUUUUAGGUUCAUAUAGACUUUGUUGAAAGAAAUUUAGGAAUGGUCACAUGGAUUUUAUUUCUUUGUAGUCCAUGACCUAUCUUCAAUGUGAUUGUAUAAUGUAUUGCUUACAAAUUGAGGUUUUAGAUAAAGACAACUCAAAAAACAUCAAAAAGCAGUACUCCAGCAGUCAUGGUGACAUGUUUGAGUUUUAAGUUUGAAAAAAUGACAUUUUCAGUGGAUUAAUGAACUGUUUGCAUCCCUUGACUAUGAACUCUAUUUCU